AUGCAGAAUAUGGUUUCUUACGAAACAGAAAAAGACGUAUCUCGCUCAUAUAACGGCAAACCAAUACCCUCUUACCCAGAAGCAAUGUGUAACAACAAUUACACUCAUGAAUAUGGGUACGAAACAUAUAGAACCUCCUCUUCCCCUACAAGUCGUCCCAGAGCUCGAAGUUCCCUCUUGCAACAUCCUCUUUCACCAUCACAAUGUCCAGAACAAAUGGAAUCUCCUCGUCAUUCACAAUUCAACAAUACCCAGCAUUCUCAUCUCUCACAAUCUCAAUAUCAACAAUAUCAAACUCUCGCACAACAUGCACAUCCCCCACAAAAUGUUAAUUAUACAGAGCAUGCAACGGAUUAUACAGAGUUUCAAGAGCAAACACUUCCUCAAUAUAAUGGAUUUUCACAUUCUUCGCAGCAAAUUUCAACAUCUUCACAGUUGCGACAAUCUUCCUACGCUUAUCAAAGGUAUUACGAACUUGCACCGGUGAUCGCAGUCCAACCUGCUGAGCGAUUUUCUUCCGCUGGACAACGCACACUUUCUUUGACGUCAAACUCUACAUUGUCAACGACAUCAAAUCUAAUUAUACCGAAAAAUUCCGAGAAAAAUCCGAUACAUAUUAGGCGAUCAACAGACAGUGUUCGCGAAAAAUCCAAACAUAAUUAUGUGAAAAAAAGUUCCGAACGACAACGAUCUUUCUCGUAUUCGGAUGCUUCACCAUUAAUUUCAGAUAUAUCGAAUCCUCCAUCUCCAUCAACUAAUCUAGCUAAGCAACGUGCUCCAAUUGUCUAUGCCGCCUUAUUAUCACGGGUUGCUGAAGCAUUUCAAAAAAAUAUUACACUUUCAACUAAAAAAAAAGAUGACCUUGAAUAUAAAGGAAGUUUUGAUGGAAGAGAAGCAGUCGACAUUAUUGCAUAUAUUAUUAAAACAACUGAUAGAAAUUUGGCAUUAUUACUCGGACGGGCUUUAGAUGCACAGAAAUUUUUUCAUGACGUAACAUAUGAUCAUCGUCUACUGGACUCUUAUAAUGAGUUAUACCAAUUUCAGAAGAUGCCUUCAUUUUUGGCAUCUUCAGAUGAUUAUGAAACCACGGCGGAACAACAAGAGAAGGAAGAUUUUGUAGAAGACAAUGAUCUGCCUAAUGGGGUAUUCACACUUCUAACCGAUUGUUACUCACCCACUUGUACAAGAGAUAGUGUCUGCUAUAGCAUAACAUGUCCGCGAAGAUUAGAACAGCAGGCUCGAAUAACAAAGGCAAAACCAGAUUUGGAGCGUUCUCCCAGUCGAGGCUCUUUAUCAAAUAGAAAAGAUCAUAAAUUGUGGGUUCAUUCAGUUUCUCCGGAUAUUGCUAAUUCAGUAUCAGAAACAGAAAAAAAACGGCAAGAAGCGAUUAAUGAAGUUAUUUACACCGAAAAGGACUUUGUUCGUGAUUUAGAAUAUCUAAGAGAUAUAUGGAUAGAUCCACUUCUUUAUCAUAAUGCUAUUCCUGAAGAGAGGCGCGAAGAAUUUGUCAAUCAAGUAUUUUAUAAUAUCGAAGAUAUUCACAAAGUAAACUCGAAACUUGCUGAUGCACUGCAAAAACGGCAAAAUUCAUAUGCAAUCGUGGACCAAAUUGGGGAUAUAUUCCUAGAAUUUGUACCUAAAUUUGAUGAACCUUUCAUUGAAUAUGGCGCCCAUCAACUGUUAGGUAAAUACGAGUUUGAAAGGGAGAAGAAUGAUAAUCAAGCAUUUGCGAAAUUUGUUGAGGAUACUGAACGUCGUCCAGAAUCUCGAAAACUAGAGUUAAAUGGAUAUCUUACUAAACCAACUACACGUCUUGGACGAUAUCCUCUAUUACUUGAGGCAGUGCUUAAGCAAACACCCUCAGAACAUCCUGAUCAAACUAAUCUUACUAAAGUCAUAAGAAUCAUUAGAGAAAUAUUAACGAGUGUUAAUAUUGAAUCAGGGAAAUCUGAAAAUCGAUUCAAUUUGCAACAAUUAGAUAACCAAUUAAAAACAAGCGAAUAUCAUGCGGGGUUGAAAUUAACUGAACCCGGAAGACAACUUAUAUAUAAAGGCACAAUGAAGAAAAGAUCUGGUGGAGAAUCAUCCGAUCUUCAAGUUUUCUUAUUCGAUCAUGUUUUACUAAUGGUAAAAGCAAAAAAAACAGAGCAAUAUAAAAUCUAUCGGAAGCCGAUUCCUCUAGAAUUGCUAACUACAUCAAUAACUGAAAAUCUCAUUGAAAAUAUUCAAAAAAUUCCCAAACGACCGCCUUCGAUCCUUCCUCCCGCUGUCGUAAACAAUAUUCGUGAUAAACAAUAUGCAUUGAACUUUACCUGCAUAGGGAAGAAAGGAUUUUCAGUUACAUUAUAUGCGUCUACCGUCAUAAGCCGUAAUAAGUGGAUAGAACAUAUUGAAAAGCAACAACAGUUUUUGCUUGAUCGAGGUCAAGUUUUUGAGAAAGCCACUUUGUUAGAGGGAAAAUAUUUCGUUGGCACAAACAAAGUCAAUUGCGUUGCUUUUUUUGAUGAUUAUCAAAAAUUGGCACUUGGUACAGAGGAAGGUGUUUAUGUUGCAGAUAUUGGACAAAAUCCAAAACAGCCUAUUCAGGUUUUGCAUUUAGAAAAAGUAUCUCAAAUUGCGGUACUAGAAGAGUUUCGAUUACUUUUAAUUUUGGCUGAUAAAAUAUUCUAUUGGCUUCCAGUUGAAGCUUUGGACCCUGGAGAUGCAAAUAAUUCUAAUAAGAAACCGCGUAAGAUCACUUCGAAUGCAAGUUUCUUCAAAUGUGGAGUAUGCUUAGAUAAAACAUUAGUAGCAGUGGUUAGAACUUACGGUUUGGCGCAAUCAAUUAUAAGGACAUUUGAACCAAUUGAACAAAGCAUCAAGAGUAAAAUAAAAGGUCCCAUAUUAAAAAAUCUUUUGCGUGGAGCUGAAGCGCUUAAAUUACAUAAGAACUUCUAUAUACCCCGUGAAUCAACAUCAAUCCAUUUUUUGAAAAAGACUCUGUGUGUGGGAUGUACAAAAGGAUUUGAGAUUAUAAAUAUGGAAACACUUGCAACCCAAGCUCUAUUAGAUCCUGCUGAUGCUACUCUUGAUUUUGUUCAAAAGAGAGAAAAUAUCAAACCAAUUGCGUUAUUUAGAACUCCUAAUAGUCGUGGUGAUCGCUUGUUAUGUUACGAUGAAUUUGCUUUUUAUGUAAAUAAAGUGGGAUGGCGUGCUCGACAUGACUGGCAUGUUACCUGGGAAGGCGCACCAACUUUUUUUGCUUUUCGAGAUCCCUAUCUAUUAGCUUUUGAACCAUCAUUUAUCGAAAUUCGAAAUGUGGAAACAGGUUUAUUGGAACAAAUAAUUAAAGGUCACAAUUUACGUUGUUUAUGUUCUGAUGAUCGAGGCAAUAUUUUAGUUGUGACAAAUGAUCCUACAAGUGAUUGUUCUGAGGUUUUUUCAUUAAAUUUGGCCGAUGGUCGAAGAAGUUCACUACUUUCUGAAGCUACUAGUAUAGCAACCACUAUUGUUGCUCCCGAAGAAAGUGGAAAUAAUGGCAGAUCGGACUCUGUAGAAUGA